AUGUCCCCUUUGCCCAGCAGACCAUCAAGGGCAGAACGCUUCUACCUGGCUGAGCUUGCUGGAGAAGCCGAGCGAUAUGAAGACGUCGUAGCUCAAAUCAAAGAUAUGAUGGGAAGCUAUAACGCCCGCCUCACCAUCGAGGAACGCAACCUCUUAUGCGUCGCGUACAAGAACAUGACGAACAAUCUGCGCAAUAGCUGGCGGAUAGUCGACACCCUCGAACAGAUGCAACGAAUCCGCGAUGGCGACAAACGACAUCUUGAACUCACACGCAUCCAACGGGGCCGGAUCGAAACCGACCUCACAAACUUAUGCAAGGAAAUCGUAUCCCUCCUGGAGCAAAAGCUAAUACCUGCGGCAAAACGAGGCGAAGAGUCUGUGUUCUACUCGAAGAUGAAGGGCGAUUACUAUCGCUACCUCGCGGAGUUCUCUCAGACGGAGGAUAGGGAUAAAUACGCUGACUCGUCCUUGAACGCCUACAAACUCGCAUAUAAACACGCCUUAGCCACGUUGGAGCCAGUCCAUCCCACGAGGUUAGGCCUCGCGCUCAAUUUCUCCGUGUUCUACCACGAUGUCCGAAAGAGCCCAGAACGAGCGUGCCAUCUAGCCAAGAGCGCAUUCGACGACGCCGUAAUGUCACUGGAUACAUCAGAUCCUGACGUAGGACAGAAUCUACGCGACUCUCUGAUGAUACUCCAGCUAUUGAAGGAUGACCUGGUCUUAUGGGCGACAGAGAUGCAAGACGGCGAUUGA